AUCCGCGAAUCGAACAUCACUAUCCUGUGCAUGACAGCUCAGAGAGAGGAGAGGAGGACCACGACGCGAAGGGAUAGUCCUCAAUCUCUCACCUUGUUUUUGGCAGCUAUUCACACCCAUACAAACUGAGAGGACAGCGGUGUAUGUUUUGAAUUAUUCGCGAUCACCAGUUGACAGCGCUCUCGGUCGGAGGAUUCAUCCCGGGAUUCUGAAUGGAAGCGGCGGCUGAAGGGGCGGCCAGCCUGUCUGAGGCCGGGGAUGGGAGCCCGUUAUCCGAGGACGCGAGCACAGCGGAUGGCAUGGACUCUGAUUCUACAUCGAAAAAGGCUUUUAUAACAGAGAUGCCUUCAUCGUCAGGCCAGCCGGCCCAUGGGAAGAAGAUCGGACACAGAGGUGUGGAUGCUUCUGGAGAAACCACAUAUAAAAAGACCACAUCUUCAGCACUCAAGGGGGCCAUUCAGCUAGGGAUUGGCUACACGGUUGGCAACUUGAGCUCCAAGCCUGAGCGGGACGUCCUCAUGCAGGAUUUCUAUGUGGUGGAGAGCAUUUUCUUCCCCAGUGAAGGGAGCAACUUGACACCAGCCCAUCAUUUCCCAGACUUCCGUUUCAAAACCUACGCUCCUGUCGCUUUCCGUUACUUCAGAGAGCUCUUCGGGAUACGGCCGGAUGACUAUUUGUAUUCGCUCUGUAAUGAACCACUGAUCGAGUUGUCCAAUCCAGGAGCCAGUGGCUCAGUCUUCUACGUCACCAAGGACGAUGAGUUCAUCAUUAAGACAGUCAUGCACAAGGAGGCAGAGUUUUUGCAGAAGCUUCUUCCUGGAUAUUACAUGAACUUGAAUCAGAAUCCUCGCACCUUAUUGCCCAAGUUCUUCGGGCUGUACUGCGUACAAUCGGGUGGGAAGAACAUUCGGAUGGUGGUCAUGAACAACGUUUUGCCCAGGGUGGUGCGCAUGCACCUCAAAUACGACCUGAAGGGAUCCACCUACAAGCGACGGGCCUCUAAAAAAGAGCGGGAAAAGGCGAAGCCCACUUUCAAAGAUCUUGAUUUCAUGCAGGACAUACCAGACGGUCUCAUGCUGGAUACAGACACGUACAGUGCCCUGGUCAAGACGUUACAGAGAGACUGUUUGGUCUUGGAGAGCUUUAAGAUUAUGGAUUAUAGUUUGCUGCUGGGAGUUCACAACAUCGAUCAGGCGGAGAAAGAGCAGCAGAUGGAGGGAUCUCAGGGCAACAGUGAUGAAAAGAGGCCACUGGCACAGAAAGCACUCUACUCCACUGCCAUGGAGUCCAUACAGGGAGCCUCGGCCUGUGGAGAAGAGAUUGACACUGACGACACGAUGGGUGGUAUUCCUGCAGUCAAUGGAAAAGGAGAGCGUCUGUUACUCUACAUUGGAAUAAUCGACAUCUUGCAGUCUUACAGGUUAAUAAAGAAAUUGGAGCAUACGUGGAAGGCUCUAGUCCAUGAUGGGGACACAGUGUCUGUUCACAGACCAUCUUUCUAUGCGGACAGGUUCUUCAGGUUCAUGAGCACUACUGUAUUCAGAAAGACUUCCUCACUGAAAUCCUCUCCAUCAAAGAGGGGUCGUGGGGGUCUGGCUGCGGGCAAGUACAGCGGUCCCGGAGCAGCCUGGUCAGCCAGCCAGCUGCCAUUUGUAAGAGACGAAAACAUCUACGACCUGAGAGGAACCCGUAGCUUCCCCACACUGGAAGAUGAUGGUCGGACGGAUGUGCUUCCCUGCACCCCUCCCUCGUUCGAGGAGGCCACUACAGCCUCCAUCGCCACCACGCUUUCCUCCACCACUUCCCUGUCCAUCCCAGAACGCUCCCCAUCGGACACCUCCGAACACCUGCGCUACAGGAGACACACCCAGUCCAGCCAUGAAGAAACAAUGCAGGAUGAGGACCAGCAGACCAUCACAGUGGAGGUGGAAGUGGAGGGACGGUAUGACAGCGAACCCACCCUCGCGGCUCCCCAGGUAUCGCCGGAGAUCAGUGACGCUGCAGAGACGUUUCUAGAAGCCUCAUCCUCCUCCGUCCCGGCGAGCCCCAGGAUAGUGGUAGAAUCUGACGGCGGAAGUCAGGCCUCGGGCUGUACAAGCCGUGCCUCUGUGGAUGAGGAUGAUGAUGUGCCAAUUACAGACAUUUAUUUUCAGCCUCCAGAAGACAAAAGCUGGGUAUAUUCUCCUCUGCACUUCAGCUCAGGGCCUAAAACCCUGGCAGAGGAUGAAGAGGAGAGUGAAACAGUAAGUGCGCGCUGUGUCGUGGUCGUCUUGGGUUCGUAAUUCUUGAUGUUGAUGGUCCUUUGUCUAUCGUUCCUUGCAUAUUAAUUGCAUAAAAUUCCAUUUUAAUGUGUCCCAACAGUAAUCAAACCUCAGGAAAGAGGGGCAGCUACAAGGUUUGAACUCUUCAGACGUCCUCAUAAUGUCCUGAAGCUCUACUGGUCGGAUUAUUUCGCAACAUAAGCAUCAUUUUUAUUGUCCAUUCACUCAUUCCAUAAACAUCAAGCAAGUAGUAAUACCAAUGACCAGACUUAUUUAUGAGUAAUAAUGAAGAUAUUUAAUUAUUUUUUUAUUUUGUUUUACAUUCAUUGUCUAAUUUAAAUAUUGUGAACAUUUUUUUAUUUUUUUUUUUAGAUCUGGGAUUCAAGAGUGGGCUGUGGGUUAUUAUUUUUAUUUAUUCGCUUUUUUUUUAGUUUUUUUUUAGGGGACUUGUAGGUGAUGUGUUUAAGUUGUUAGUACGCCUUUGUUAUCAGGUAGCAUUGUUCCGUAACUGUUUAUUGGUUCAUCAGAAGAAUAUUAAGCCAGCAAUGUUUCAGAUAUUCAAAUAAUUUUAUUUAUUUUUCGUUUUAAUGUAAAGAUUAGGACUGAUUCAUACAAACAUAGAUUGUAGAGAGUGACGUUUUAUACAUCCCCUGAUGUUUAUAUUCUUGUUUUGGCUUAGUUUUAUAUAUAUCGAUUAAGUUUUAAUUGAAAUUUGUUUCACAGAUUUUUCACAGAUCCUCAGAUUUUCCCACCAAAAUCAGUACGAUGUCAUCAGGGCCUGGUUAUUUAGAGACUGAAAGAUGGGACCAAACAUAUUGUGUGGGAGGCCAAAUCUUUAAAAGAACUUAAUCGCAAUCAUUUCACUAUCAGAAAUAUUUGUUAAAGCGUUUAAUUGUAAAGCCCAAUGUAUAGAAUUUGUGUGUGUCUAUGCAUUGAUUGUGUUUGUGGUUUUGAGUAAGCGAGUGUCUCGUUUUACGAUGGAAGUGUGCGACACUGAUUCUUAUAAUGUGCAGUGGCCAGUUGCUAUUGAUAUUGCUGUUGUACUACUGCAGCAAUACAUUUGUACAUUUGUGUAGCACAUGCAUUUUGGUUGCCUUAAUUCUUUUUUGCCAACCUAAUUCCUAUUGUAGUUAUCAAAUAUUCACUGAUACAGUCUUUCGUUCUGGUUCACCAGUGAUAGUGAGAAUUUGUAUAUAGAUCUUUAAAUACAUAUAAAAUAUAUUUUAAAUGUUAUUUGAAGUUUUCUUUUGUAUUUAAUUUUGCACAAGUGGCUUGCAAAAGGUGUCCUAGGUCCACACGAACCCACCCAUUCUUCCAGCAUCGAGGACAUUUUCUUGCGUUUGAGUCUAGGAUGUUUCUUUGUGUACACUUUACAGUUUGGAUUGUAAAGUCUAUUCGGUCAAAGACAUGCAACUGUAUCAAUCGCUUACUCUUCCAACAGUUGAGCUGUUUGUGUGUGUGUGUGUGCGUGUGUGUGUGGUCAAAAAGCUGUGUGCGCUCCGAUUAGCAAAAGAGCAUGAUGAGUCUAUUUACAUUGAUGUACAGCAUUUAUCUCUAUGAAAAGACCACAACCAAUGGACCGAUGUGUGUACAUUUGUUCAGACACUUAAAAUAAAUACAAGUCUUGGACUUGAUUCACAAGA